AUGCACACAGCUCUUCAUAUUACCAUACUGUCUGAUGUAUUGAUUGUGUGGAUUCUCGAGUCGAAUAGAGGACAUCAAGAAGGCGAUGACUUGGAUACUACUGUAGAUACUGUAAAAAUGAUUGAUAGUAGUGAUGAUGAAGAUUUGAAAGAUAACGACUGUUUCGAAAAAGAUGAUAGUGUUUUAAGAUAUCAUGACUUAAAAUGCAGCGUUUGCAAAUCAUUCUACCACGAAUCAAUUAAAAAAAGAACUCCGAAAUUGUUGUCAUGCGGACACACGGUUUGUUCUGGAUGUGCAAAGAUGCUCUUCAAAUUAGACUAUGUCUAUAUCCAGUGCCCAGUAUGUAGGGAAGUGAUCGACAUUGAUUACAUUGAAUUAAAGAAGAACUACGCUCUACUCGGAAUCAUACAAGAAAUGAAGCAAGAUAAGAAGAUGGUUCAACAAAGUCUUUCAUAG